CUUCGAACCGAUUCAGACUCCAUUGUUGUUCGGGGAGUGUGGUUGCUCUAUAGUCAAUCAUGCAGAAAGAACGACUUCUUAUUUUGGCGGCCCUCGCCUGCCAUGGCCAGUCGGGCAAAAAUGCUAUAUUUACUGGUUACCUGUGCCGCCAUUGCUUUUUUCAUUGUCAGAGGUGCAAAUGUUGCCCCUUGGGGUGUUGCUGUAAGUGUAUUUUCAAUGGAGUCCACAAAGAUACCUUCACCCUGGAACUCCUCCAACUCCUCAGUUGGCAUUGUUCGCACUUCGGAACUUUCCACGGCGCCUCCAAGAACAACAAGAACAAGUCCAGAAGCCUUUGCUUUGAAGCCUUCCUUUGAAGCCUUUGAAGCCUUUGCUUUGCCCAGCACUUCUUCUGGCGGCGCCACAAGCACGAGUUCCACUUUUCCUCCCUCCACGAGUUCUGCGCCGUCGCCUGAGAAACGGCUCUUGGUGAUGCACAUCAUCGAGCAACUGGGCGGGGCGACCAAGAGUUUGGUCCAGUUCUUGUUCUUGGCGCAGCGUCUGGGGCGCAGACCUGUACUUCCAGGCAUUGCUGAUGGCAACGUGACAGACUCUACGGUCUAUCGGUCCUUCAAUUCGAGCAACGUCAAGGAUCUUGAUUAUUUCUUAGACUUUUCUAAAGUGAGUGAUCCUGAUUGGUUGCCGCCCAUCGGAUUUCGCGAGCACCUAGUUGAAACUGGCCCAAUAUUGGACGCAGUGCUCAUUUUUGUGCUGAAUCCUAUUAAAAGACCCAAGUUCCUCAAGAUAAUAGAAGAGUCAAUUGUGAUGAAUUGCUCUUGGAUUUGGAACAUGUGCCAACGAAAGCCGACAGAAUGCGGUGGUGAGUUUAUGUGGCAUAUAGAUUUGCGUGGGAUUGGCACAUGGCAACUUGCUGAAAACGCCCCUGUGCUUUGUGUUCACCACAAUUUUUCCUACUGGAACUACUCCCUGAGCGACUGGUUGCAGACCAGCAACGUAACGUCAUUUCGCAACAUCGCUGUGUUGAACUGGCUCGGGGUCACUUCAUGGCCAUGCGCGAAGAUCCUUCGUAUAUGCUCGUCGGUCUUGGACACUCGCGGAGAGGAGGGAGAGAGACCAGAGGAACAGGUUUUGAAUCUGACUCGCUUUUUGAAUCGCCUGCGGCUGGCCAGCGAGAUGGAAAGGAUGGCAGACCAUUUUUUGAUUUCGCAUCCUGCGUUGCAGAACUACAGUUACAGUGCUGUGCAGAUGCGUUCCGAAAGGAUACUCUAUGAAGGACUUCUGAGCGCAAAAUGCAACGACAGCGGCGUGUUUCAAUGGUUUUCCGAACUGAGCAACACGACAAGUUCAUGGUCUAGUGCCUGGUUUCGCGCUCGAGAUAUGAAGCUGGGUGGUUCGACGACCUUGCGCCGAGAAGUUGCACUUCAGCUUUAUGACAAUCAAAGCGUCGAGACUUUGCAGAAAUUGGAACGGGCGGUUUGGCAGAAAUCUCCGGCACAGUUCUUGGACCACGACUGCGAGAGAUCCGGACCCGUGACGUGUUUCCUGGUGGAUGUGGCACUUCUGUCGCACGCGGAUCGGCUCUUUCUCUGGGGCAACUCCGUGGGAGUUCCGAUGUUCUGUCGCAUCCAACGGAAGCACUUAGGCAAAUCAGAAGACAGCAUGGUCCAGAGCCGGGUGAUGCCCAGAGGAUGCUAAAGCAAA